UUGAAAAUGCCGAUGUGAUGUCAUCAGACCGCGACAAACCAAACGUUGAUGAAAUCACUUGUAACGUUUAUGUCCUUAAAUACUUAAUCACUUGUCAUGUUGGUUUUACAUACAUGUUUUGCUAUUUUACGUUCACCAGAUUCUUCAAGGACGAUGCUGACUGUCAGCCGGUUGUUCCGGUGUUAUCACAGUGGUGGACUCCGUGCUGUGUUUUACUGUCGUCCUCAAGGACCAGCGACGACCACAGCCGGGACGGGGCAUCUCACCUCACAGGACCAGCGCAGUUUUCAUAUUUUGUUACCUGCUGACAGAUGUGAAGCUCGUCUUAGAGGAUUCUCAACUUCACCCAGUAUCAGAAGUGACGAUAUUGGAAAGAUCCAGUCAAAACAUUAUCAACUCAUUUACACAUGCAAGGUUUGCUCUACCAGGUCCACGCAGAAGAUCUCCAAGCAGGCUUAUCACAAAGGUGUUGUGAUAGUGACAUGUCCAGGAUGUAAGAACCACCAUAUCAUCGCUGAUAACCUCAACUGGUUCUCUGACCUGGAAGGAAAGAGAAACAUCGAGGAAAUCCUUGCUGCCAAAGGAGAGACUGUGAAGAGGAUUGAAGGAAGUGCUGCUUUUGAGAUAGUGGUGGAUGAAUCCAAGUCACAAUGUGAGGAAGACACAGAGAAAUCAGACAAUGACCCAGAAAAACAAUAAUGCUGUGUUUAUACUGUAUAUGUAUAUUGUAUAUUUAAUUCCAUAAUAAACAAAAAUCUUUUUUUAUUA